AUGGGUGCGGGAAAAGGAGGAGGCGGCGGCGGCGGCGAGGCAGCCGCGGCGAUGCCCGAGGCCGCGCAGCCCGUCGUGCUGAAGAUGGACCUGCAUUGCGCCGGCUGCGCGCACAAGGUCAAGAAGGCUAUUAAGCGCGUUCCUGGUGUCGAGUCGAUCGUGACGGACGUCGCGGCGAACAGGGUCGUCGUGGCGGGGACGGCCGACGCGGGCGCGCUCAAGGCGCGGCUCGAGGCCAAGACCAGCAAGCCCGUGGAGGAGACGGUGCUGGUCAAGAUCCACCUCCACUGCGACGGCUGCGCCGACCGCAUCAGGCGACGCAUCUACAAGAUCAAAGGCGUGAAGGAUGUGGUCCUGGUGGGCAAUGCCAAGGACGAGGUGAAGGUCACGGGCACCAUGGACAUCCCCAACAUGCUCACCUACCUCAAGGAGAAGCUCAACCGCGACGUGGAGGCCGUGGCGCCGCCCGCCAAGAAAGACGGCGGCGGCGGCGGCGGCGAGGGCAAGGACGACAAGAAAGACAGCGGCAGCGGCGGCGACAAGAACAAGGGCGCGGUCGGGGCCGGGGCGGGCGGUGACGACAAGAAAGACAAGGGCAAAGGGAUCGACGUGUCGGCGGGUCCGUCCACGGCGGCCGCCGCGGCGUUCAUGGCUGCGCCGGCGGGGGCGAGCACGUACCACGUGGCGCCGCCGUACGGGUACGUGGCGUACCAGCAGGCCCCGCCCCCCGCCACCUACUACCCUUCCUACCCGUACUACGGCAAUGGCGACGGCAUGGGCCACGCCAACCCCUCCUACUACCCCCAACCGCAGCAGCAGCAGCCCGACGGCAGCCAGCAGCCGCAGAUGACGUACCCGCCGUACCCGUACCGCUUUGACAUGGCGCCGCCGCCGCAGCUCUUCAGCGACGAGAACCCCAACGCCUGCUCCGUGAUGUGA